AAACCCCGGCCCGUUGCGAAACACACGUCAAUGCCCUGCAUCUCCCUAACAUUUCGUCCUCUUCUCACCCUCCGAGAACCAGAACGGUCACAACACUCAGCACGGCCAAAGACUCGGGCACUUUUUUGCGGCGCUUCCACUGUCUCUCCACCCCAGUCGCGCUUUGGGUCUAAUUCUGCGGCCGGUUGUGCCUCGCCCAAUUAGCCGUACGGUAUCACUUUCCUGCUCUCAGACACGAGCGACCGACGCCGCCGAUACACCAAGACAGUUGUUCCACCAGUAAUUCGCUCCGAGCUAUCCACAUUUGUCGUCCUGCACCGGGCGCCUGCUUUUUAUUCCUCGACUCCCGCUGUCCGCGCUUCGCCGAAAUGGACGCCUCCAUCCCUCCUAUUCCCCGACCGCCGCGGGACCACCGAGACCGCGACCGAGACCGACCCCAGCUAUCAUCUCGUCGACUCAAACCUCCCCACUCCAUCUCUACCGCAGAGGCAAACCGUGAGUUCAACCGAGACACCCUUGGCAACCACAGCGACCGGGAUCAUCGAAACCGACAUACGGACCGAUACACCGGGAAAGACGGCGAGAGAACACCCGGAGUCUCACCUGCCUCUCCCGAGAUCAUAUCCUCCCUUAUCACUUCCCUCUCCGUCAUCUCGAGGCCGGCGAGCAAUCAUUUUGACGGGCCUUCAUACCUGGAUCCCACUCGCAGCCCCAAGGAUCUCUCGGUGCCGGGCUCACCAACCACUGCACGAUCCGAAGGCGGCUCCUUCGGUGUUGAUUACGGUGCAUUUUCGCAGCCAUCCCUCGACGACUUGCAAGAGGAGGACAUCCCCCUGGACGAGCUCGCAGCAAGCCCACCCAUCGUCAGGACUGCCAAGCCUCCCAGUGGCUUCUCUUCCCUCACCGCACCAAAAUCGCCCAAAAGCCCCGGCACCAGAGACGGGUCCGGUCUUAAAAGCUUGCUGUCAGGAAGGGGAAGCAGCAGUGCCGUCAAUGUCUCGCGCCCUUCGAGCAGAGGAUCCCUCGCGUCCGCAUCUGAGAGCAUCGGCAACUUGAGCAUCGAGCGUGGCACGACCUCUCCCGUCUUCCAGCCCGGGAACCUUACGAAGCAGCGAUCCCAUGAUAGCUGGGGGAAGAGGACAGGACGGAACAACAAGGGUUUGAUGUACAUGAGCAGCAAGGAGAGGCUAAGAGAGAAAGAAUUCGAGAAGAAACGGGCCAGUAUCGGUGCUGUCGGUGGGGGCUCGAAUGGGCUCAGCACUCCCGUUUCUCAAAGGCCCGACCCAUUCUUUGCCGAGUCGGUAAUCAACGAGGAAUCCACUGGCGACUCUCCCCAGCACCCGGAGCGCCUCAGCAUAGCAGCAGACGGGAGUGGCAACGCUACCAGUCCACGCCCGAUUCCCACGAGAGACUCUUCACUCCGCAAGGCGGGUUCGUCCUCGAAGAGAUCCUCGGCGCGUGUCUCGCGAUCUUCCAAGCGCGACAGCGACACCGCACCCAACGAUCCUAUCCACGAGGUCGACGAGCAUACUCCCAGUCGGUCCCAACGCGGGGAAACAUCGAAACGCAGAGUACGGGGCGUCACGCAGGACGAAGACGACGAACGAACGACGCCGAACUUGGAUAUCCCCCAGCGGUCCAGGACAAACGCGCCUCCCGGCAAAUCCAACCCCGAUACUCACAGCACCAGCCCGUCACCGCGCGACACGUCCCCCAUGUCUCCCGCCGUGGAACUUGAUCCGCUCGAAGAAGGAGCGCCGUUCCCCGCCGUUGCCCAGGGCCGGCGGCGUGACCGCGAGGCCAGCGCAGAUGCUCGCUAUCGACGCCGAUCGGGCAGACAUACGCCUGAUGGCUUGGGCGGCUAUACCAGCGAGGGUGGUGUCAGUGUGAAGCUGAAGCGCAGUAGUAGCCGGCUCAAGCGCCUGUCAGGGGCUGCCAGCCCAACUCCGGAUAGGGUCUCGCAUGAUCACGGAGCCAGCAGGAAUAGCCAGAGCGACCAACCACAUAUCGCAUAUGAGCGCCCUCCAAGCGCGGACAGCAUCGACGACUCUGUGGAAAGCUACCUGUGCAGUCCCCGGCUGAGCCAGAAAAUUCGACAUCCGCAGACCGGGCGGGUUAUCAGCUUCAGCGAGGUUGGGGAUCCGAGUGGCAGUGCCGUAUUCUGCUGCGUCGGCAUGGGAUUGACCAGAUACAUCACGGCCUUUUAUGACGAACUUGCCCUGACGUUGAAGCUGCGGCUCAUCACUCCAGAUCGACCGGGUGUCGGCGACAGCGAGCCGUAUGCCGAAGGGACCGCGACGCCUCUGGGGUGGCCUGACGAUGUCUACGCAAUUUGCCAGUCACUCAAGAUCACCAAAUUCUCCAUUCUCGCCCACUCCGCUGGCGCAAUCUACGCUCUCGCAACGGCUCUACGGAUGCCUCAGCACAUCCGAGGCAGGAUACAUCUGCUGGCCCCCUGGAUUCCUCCUUCGCAGAUGUCGGUUUUCGGAGCGAGCGCCCAGACGCCACUGCCACCAACAAACGCCAUCCCUACCAGCCAGAGGAUACUGAGAGCAUUGCCAACCCCGAUUUUGAAGGCGGCUAACAGCAGCUUUAUGACGGCAACCAGCUCGAGCAUUACAAGCUCGCUGCCAAAGCAGAAGAGAGCCAAAAGGGAACGAAGGAGUGCUGCCGCUGCGGCAACCAAGGAAGCGAACAGCAAGGCAGCAGAGAUGGACAAUAAGGAGAACCAUAACCUUGGCCACGGCAGAGGGAAGGACCUGCCUCCGACGCCGGUAAACGACUUCAGCCUGAGCGGCUCCGAGACGUUGGAUAGAAUUCGGGCUGGCGAGAUAAACUCUACCACAGAACCGGGCAGCCAGACAGACGCGAAUGGCCAUUGGCAUCAACGGUCGAACUCGUCGGCUCGACGCAACACCAACGCAUCGAGGCGUCCGCAGGACAAGGAGGACCACAUCCUCUCAGCCGCGGCAAAUCUCGCCAACUCGCAGCUCGCCGACCGUGAACGACAGCAGAUAUACGACUCUCGCCUCACGCACGCCAUCUGGCAGCUCGCCACCACGGGCGCCAACCCGGCCGUCGACCUGCUCGUCUGCCUCGAGCGGCGCCACACCAUCGGCUUCCGCUACGUCGACAUCACGCGACCCGUCACCAUCCACCACGGCUCGCGCGACACGCGCGUGCCGGUCGAGAACGUCAAGUGGCUGGGCAAGACGAUGAGGCGCUGCGAGGUCCGCGUGCUGGAGGGAGAGGGCCACGGAUUGAUGGCCAGCGCCCAGGUCAUGGGCGGUGUGCUGAUGGAGAUGAGUCGAGAGUGGGAGGAGUGGGGCCGCGUGACGGGAUCGACCAAGAGAGAGAAUGAGAGGGCGCGGAGAGGGACGAUCGGACAGGCCAGGUGAACUGAAUAAGAGGAGGAAGGUCGCAGUAGUUGGAUGGAUGUCUCAUAAAAAAGGGUCUCCGGUCGUCGGUAUGGGCCAGCGUGCGCGGGGGUUGUUGUUCUAAUUGGAAACGUCGGCGUUGGAUCUGCUAUGCCGGUUUUGGGCCCUGGAUAUCUGGAAGGAAGGUCGCUGCAGUGGAAGGGCGAAGAUACGGGGCUUAUGAGCCGACAAGAUCUUCAAAA